UCCAAGAUGCUGUUUUGGCACAACCAGCUGGAGCACCUGUGGCCCAGUCCCGGGGAACUGUACCCCGGGCCGCCAAGCAGCUUGCUCAGGGAGCCCCUGCCCUUGCCCUACCUGAAGCAGGAGGAGCUGCCCAGCAUCCCCAGCAUGGAGCCUCCCUGCCCCUCAUUCCAGUACGUGCUCCGUGCAGCCACCUCCCCGGCCGUGAAGCAGCAGGAGGAGGCCCUGACCUACCUGAACCAGGGCCAGUCCUAUGAGGUGCAGAUGCUCUGCAACUCCAAGCUGGGUGACGCCACCCAGUGGCCGCGGCUGCUGAAGAGUGUGGUGCGUGUGGUGUUCCAUGACCGGCGCCUGCAGUGCACGGAGCAGCAGCAGCUGGAUGGGUGGAGGUGGAGCCGGCCUGGGGACCGCAUCCUGGACAUCGAUGUGCCCUUGUCCGUGGGGGUGAUAGAACCCCAGGUGCUGCCCUCACAGCUCAACACAGUGGAGUUUCACUGGGACCCGACCAAGAGGACCUCCCUCUUCCUGCAGGUUCACUGCAUCAGCACCGAGUUCACUCCUCGGAAGAAGGGCGGAGAGAAAGGCGUCCCCUUCCGCCUCCAGAUCGACACGUUCAAGCCCGGUGACAAGGACCUGCCACCGGAGCACCUGCACUCAGCGGGCUGCCUCGUCAAGGUGUUCAAGCCCAAAGGGGCUGACCGGAAACUGAAAACCGACCGGGAGAAGAUUGAGAAACAGCCCCUGCAGGAGAGAGCCAAGUAUCAGGCUGCCUGUGAGAGCACGGCCUUCGUGGAGUGUGCACCGUGGCCAGAGCCCAGUGCAGAGCCCUACCUGCCUCUCAGCCCUCGGGCUCUGACCUCCCCCCACUCCUGCAAACUCCUGUCCCCGGAGAGGCUCUGCUGCUCACCACCGUUCACCUUGGACACUUUGGGAGGCAGCCCAGCUGAGGAUCUGAACCCUGGAGCCUCCACCCUGGAGACGCAGCAGUGGUUACAUCGCCACCGGUUCUCCAGCUACUGCCGGACACUAGCCAAUUUCACUGGCACUGAUCUGCUGAAGCUUACCCGGCAGGACCUCAUCCAGAUCUGCGGGGCUGCCGACGGGAUCCGCCUUUUCAAUACUCUUAGAGCCAGGCCCAUCCGUCACCGGCUGACUUUGUAUGUGGCUCAGGAGGCCUCUAGGCAAGAGAACGAGGUUCCCAAGAACCCUGAACCAGGCUUUUAUCAAGAGAUUUCUCUGGAUGAACUCAGCGCCAUUGAGCUGAUGGGAAAACUGGCAGAGCUCUUGAACCUCCCAGCCAAUCAGAUCCACCGCCUCUUCCACCAGGGCCCUGGGGGUAUCCUCAUUCUCCUCAGUGACCAGGUGGUUCAGAAUCUUCAGGAUGAAUCGUAUUUUGUGGCCGUGGUGAAAAAAGUGCAGAAUCCAGAUGGCUACUACCUGGUGCUGACCUAAGCCCAGGGACGCCCUGCUGCAAGAGGAAACUGA